CCACCUAGCAUCAUUCACUCACUCACUUUUUUUUCGAACCGGAUUCACUCACUCUCACUCACGGCUGGUGCGUGUGAGGUCGUUCUGAACGAAGACAAUGAAGCCUCUCCCAGCCACUCUUGCUCUCCUCCUCCUCUUCCUCGUCGCCUCGUACCGGGAUCUCGCCGUGGCUGCAGACGGCGGCGGCGGCGCUGUUGUUCCGGACGCCGUGUGCGAAGCCAAGUGCGGGAAGCGGUGCUCGCAGAAGGUGGCCGGGCGGUGCAUGGGGCUGUGCAAGAUGUGCUGCGGCAAGUGCGCCGGCUGCGUGCCGUCGGGCCCGUUCGCGAGCAAGGACGAGUGCCCCUGCUACAGGGACAUGAAGUCCCCCAAGAGCGGCCGCCCCAAGUGCCCCUAAUUAAAGCUAAGCUAGAAUUAACCAGGCCUUACGUGUGCUAAUUCCUCUGGAGUUGGUGUUAGUUUGUACUAAGCUCUGUUCGUAGUUCUCGUGGACUUGGUAGUGGAAUAAAGAAUGGCGGUGGAUUUAUGUGUU